AUGGCGGUGCGGCAGCGGCUGCGACAGCUGUUCCAGGACCCGCAGCCCAUCGGGGCCAUCGUGCUGGAGCGGACGCCCGCCCCCGCCGCUGCUGCCUGGGCUUCGCCGCCACCACCCCCGCCCCCGCCGCCGCCGUCCCCGCCCCUGUCACCGCCGUCGUCUUCCUUGCCGCCGGCCGCGGUGCCGGCAUCGCCGCCGCGGCGGCAGGGUCCGCUGCCGGAGGAGUGCGCCGUGUUCCACUGCCGUGGCUGCUGGACUGUGCUGGGGGACUCGCUGCAGCUGUGCGGGCAGGAGCCGCCGGGGCUUAGCGUCCUCAUCUGCUUCAAAGUCACCAGCGAUGUGACCUGGGAGGACUCGCUGCUGGUCGGCCUGGAGGGAGCCCUCCUGGGAUGUGCUUAUUAUUUAUUAUUCUGUCGGUCCUGUGGCUCGGCCGUGGGCUUCAUUCUUUAUUCUUCUGGCAGUGAGCUGGCACAUCUCCGGGACUUGUUCUGUUUCUUCAAGGACAGCAUCAUGUGUUACUUCUUAAAAAAUCAAAUGAUUAUAGAAGCUUCUAAGGUGACUUUUCCAGCUGUGACCUUAAAGAAACACAUGCAGAAUAUGAAAGAAAAGCUUGUGGAGUUAAGUAGUCGUGUAGAAUUAUUGACAAGGAAGCUGGAUAAAAUAAUUAUGUAA